UGUGAGGUUCUGGCCAGGUCAUACUGGAACGUUCGUGAAGACGCGUGUUUCUAGUCGGAGGGUUAGCAGUGCGACACCGAGGUUUCACGUGGGGCUGUGUCAGUGCAGUAAGUGCAGAGAGAUGCCAAAAAAAGGGAGAUCAGCAGUGAGGAGCCCGGAGGAGAAGGAAGAGGGGAUGUCUGCUAAACAGAGGAAGACCGACAGUCCUCUGUGCUUUGACUCGCCGGCCAGCUUGUUCCAGAGUCUGAUUGCCCCCAUGGACGUAGAUCAGUUCUUCCAGCAGUACUGGGAGAAGAAGCCAUUGCUGCUGCAGAGAUCAGACCCUGCACUGACCUCCUACUACCAGUCCCUCUUCCAGCUGUCUGACCUCAAGCAGCUGUCUGCCCAGGGCCUGGAAUACGCCCGAGACCUAAACGUGUGCCGCUGUGUCAACGGCAAGAAGAAAGUGAUGAACAAAGAGGGGCGAGUGAACUACAGCCAGCUGAGGAAAGACUUUGAUCAGAAGAGAGCCACCAUACAGUUCCACCAGCCGCAGAGGUUCAAGGAUGAGCUGUGGCGCAUUCAGGAGCAGCUGGAGUGUUUCUUCGGGUCGCUGGUCGGCUCUAACGUGUACAUCACACCUCAGGAGUCUCAGGGUCUGCCACCGCACUACGAUGACGUGGAGGUGUUUAUUCUGCAGUUGGAGGGUCAGAAGCACUGGCGUCUGUACGAGCCCACCGUUCCCCUGGCCAGGGAAUACAGCCUAGAGCCUGAGGAACACAUUGGCAAGCCCACUCAUGACUUCUUACUGAAGGCAGGCGAUCUGCUCUACUUCCCCAGAGGAACCAUCCACCAGGCAGACACGCCCGCAGGAGUGGAGCACUCUACACACCUCACACUCAGCACCUACCAGAACACGUCGUGGGGCGACUUCCUAAUGGACGUGUUUCCCAGUCUUCUGUUCGACUCCAUGAAGAGUGACAUCGGCCUGCGUCAGGGUCUCCCCAGAAGCCUCCUCGCUUCUGCACACGUGAGCUCAGAUGUAAACAAGCAGGUCUGUAUGUUUCUGAGGGGUCUAGCGGAGCGUCUGGAGCAGGGGCAGCAGGAGCUGCGCUCCUCAGAGAUGAGGAGAGACUUCAUCUCCAGCAGGCUCCCUCCUUACCAGCUGCAGGAGGAGGACAUCGCUCCAGUUGGAAAAUUACCAGCACUGGAGGACUCUGUGUGCAUGAGGUUCAAAGAGCACAUUCUUCUCACAGUGGAGCCCAGUCAGGACAACACAGAUGAAGCUACAGAGUUAGUGGCAUUUGUAUUACAUUCUCUAAAAAACAAGAGGGAGACACACAUGAUGGGAGCACAUGUUAAUGACGAGGAGGAGGAUAUAGACGAAGAGGAAACCUCACAGUUCCAGGGUCUACGCUUCCCUGCAACUCAUCUCCCUGCGCUCAGGCAGCUGCUGAGUGGAGAGCGCCUCCUGGUGGCCGAGUUGCCACUGCAGCAGGACGCAGACAAACUGGGCCUGGUGCUGGGCCUCUGGACUGAAGGACUGUUGCAAGUCUGUUGACCAUCUUUCUCCCUGAGCCACACACUGUGCUCAGGACAGACAUACAACAUGUGGCUUUGUAUUGUCUUGACAAUCAGACCAGAAAAGACAUGCUUUGCAGACUGAAACGAAGCGAAUGAAGUCACCAGAUGG